GAACGCUCGUACAUUCAUCGAAUGUUUACAUUUGCGCCGGGUAGGGUCUAGUUAUACAGUGCAAAAACUGGUAGACAGGAGUUUGAGUGUGAGGCAGAGCAGUCGAACGUACAGUGGUCGGACACCUGCAAGAUGGUCGGUUUGAAAGCUGCACUCCAAUCUAAAGGCGUAGUUAUCGCUGUACUGACUACUACAACAGUGAUCUCUGCCGGCAUUGCCUACCUCCAGUGGCGGAGGCAUCGUAAAAGGCACUACGUCCCCGUUGGGCAUGUUGCUAAGAUCUACAUGUACCCUGUGAAGUGCUGUCGUGGUCUGGAGGUAGGGGAGGCCGUGGUCACCGAGCAGGGUUUGCAGUGGAAAGGAAUUAUGGAUAGACACCUGGUGAUUCUUUAUAAGGAUCGUUUCUUGGACUCGAGAACGGAAUCCCGCAUUGUCCUGAUCUCACCACAGUGUAGUGGAGACGGACAGGUGAGGCUGGAGGCACCCGGUAUGGACCCACUCAUCUUGUCUGGUCCCACCAAAAACGUGAUUAACGUCAGGACUGCGGGGUCGUGUAGGCUGUUGACCCGCUGCCCCGUCAACCACAAGAGGUAUAAGGGCAUUGCCACCAAAAAGGACAAGGUGGGGUUUCAGGAAUUUGUGGCCAUGCACCUGGCGACAGAAUCCUCUCUGGACGACUUGAACAGCAGACUAGCCAACCCUGUAACCAUGCGCGUCUUCAGACCUAACGUGGUGGUGUCUGGGAGUGACCCAUUCCAGGAGGACGGUUGGCAGUACGUGCGCAUCGGUAAGGCUGAGUUCCGGAAAACGCUAGCCUGCAACAGGUGCCUCAUAACUACCGUCAACCCUGAAACUGGUGUGAAGGAAGGACAGGAACCCCUCAAUACACUCAGAAGUUAUCGUCUUCCCGAGGACGAAAAACAGAAGAGACUAUUCGGACAGACCCCGCUGUUUGGCCUCAUGUGUGGGGUGGAGCAGGAAGGGUCCAUCCGCGUAGGAGACACAGUGUAUGCCUGCGUGUAGCGGAACGCCGCAGUCGCAAAGACAGUGGCACCGAACUCCUCAACCUCUGAGGGCCCUCAGUCGUAACAAUACGUCGGUUGACGUUUGGCAUACACCUAAUUGUGAUCGUGAAAUAAAUGUUUUGGUCAUACAAUGAAAACAUGUUUCUCUGUACUUGUCCAUUUCAACUACCUGUUACUACCGGAUGUAAUAAAUGAUUUUCGACGUGUUUCGACAUCAGCCGUUCGUCUGUAGCUUCUUCACAAGCUCCGGACGAAUAUGCCAUGAACCAUGCAUAGAACAGCGAGGUGUUGUGUCAGGUCUGAAAUGUUGACGUAGUGAUGCUGCCGAGAGAAAGGUCAAUCUAUAAAACGGAGAUUGCGUUGACUCAAAGCGUUGAGGUGGUGAAAAGUC